AUGCUAACAGUAAUAGAAAUAAAUGGAAGAAAUUUCAUAAUGCAUUUCUUGGCCUCAGGUCCAGACACUGGGAUUUAUCUGCAGUGCCACGACCUAGCGCUCGAGCAAAGCUACACAGAAUCUGUGGUACCUAGCGAUUUCACCAAGCGCUUGAAGAUGCUGAACUCUCGAGUGAAGUUCCCAGAAGAUGAUGCACGCGAGGUUCUAGUCAGUGGUGGCGAUCUACCCACAUAUGCUUCGCUGAGCGAGGCAGACCAGGAUGUGGGAUGCGUGCUGCAACUUAAAUAUAAAAUGCUGAACAACAUGCCACUCAAGUGGGAGUGGCACCUGAAACGCAUGGACAGAGCCUUGUUUUAUCGCAAGGCUUUCAUUGACUCCAUUUCCUGCGGCAGUAGAUUGCGGGAUCAGGUGUUCGCGCUGGCCAAGCAGCUGCAGGCUAAAGAUGAAGAGCUGAAGCAGUAUCGCAUCGAGGGCGCCCAGUUGCGCAGAGGCACGGUCGCCACAAAGUUGUUUGAUAUGGAAGCUUUCAAGGCGACAAACAAACAGAUGCUCUCAGGUUCGGCCAUCUAUCAGCAGCUUACAGAUGCAUAUGAGGAUUCUUCCUUAAAAAUUGUCCCUGGGAAUGUCGAAGCACUGAAAGUGUCUGGCCUUACAAGCAGCCAAGCACCUCCAUCUUCCAACGUGACUCCUAAACUGAGUCCACGUAACAGGAAGCGUAAGGCUCUGGAAAGCGCCAAAUUUCAUAUUGAACGUAAGGUGCUACGACGUCGUGCCCAAGGACCAAUCGAGUACAAAGAGUCCCAAAGCAGCCAGGAGGAGAUCGCAGGAGCAGCAGAACACAUAAAGCAGGAACCACCUGUUGUGAAAGGGCAACACAUAAAGAAGGAAAGCGUAGAUCCCGCAGCGGCUCGUCCAGUAGCAGCAGAACACAUAAAGCAGGAACCUCGUGUUGUAAGAGAACAAAACAUAAAGAAAGAAAGCGUAGAUCCCUCAUCAGCUCGUACACUAGCAGCAGUAGAAAGAAGUCGUGAGGAGCGACAUGCAGUUCUCGCACGUGCCGUAUGUGCAGCAGAAAUCUUUAACCCGAAGUCUUCUGUUGAAAAAGCUUCAGAAAUAGUGGCUCCAGCAGUUACUGAACUUGCUGUUGCAGUGUCAGAAAAAACCAUAAACCAGGAGCCAUUAUACGUCGGUGCUGCAAUAGCUUCAGAAACAAUAAAUAUAGAUACGGAACCUCCUCCUGCAAAUGAAGCCCCCACUGGAUUGGAUUCAGUCUUAGUUUCAUUGAAAGAAAUGGAGAGCUUCCUCUUCAAGACCAAAAACCAGUUUUAGCAAACAAAAAGUUAAUUUUUCAAAGGCCUGAAAGUAAAAUUUGCACUAAAUGUGAUAAUAAAUAUAUAGCACGUUA